AUGUGUAAAAAAGCCAGAACAUCAACGAGGAAAGAAGAGGAUACACCUGUUGUUAUCACAGAUGCUGUCACUGCAGCUGAUGCUCAAUCAACUUCAGAUAACAAAUCACCAAAUGAUGAAAAAGCUCAAUCCGAAGCACCAAACAACCAAGAACAACAAGGUGAUGAAAAUGCAAAUACAUUCGCUGCUCCAUCUAAUCAAAGGCACCCUAUUAUCUCUCAAGUUUUGAAGAAUGCAUUAUACAGCGGGAAGGAUAGAAUGUUUAUUUUAUCACUAGAGCAAGAUUUGAUAUCAUUUAUCAAUUCUAAUGUUGAUUCAUAUUUGUUAAGACCAAUGAACUCAUACUAUAGAUUAUUAACACAUCAAACUGCGGAAUAUUAUGCAUUAGGUCAUAGUCUUCAUAACGAUGGUAUUUCAAUUUUGGUGUUUAAAAACUUUGGAGUUGAUAUCACGUUACCUGUGCUACUUGCAUCCGUCCCAUACGAUUAUUCAAUUCCUUUACAAAAUUUGCAUCCACAAUUCCAUGCUGCUCAUAUUCAACAUCAACAACAAUUUUUCCCAGCUGCUACUCCAGGCUUUAUCCCUUCUCAUAGUGGUAGUCCAAAUGCACCAGGAGCAACACCAUUUGGAUUUGUCUCACCACAACAAUUUGGUUUCCCAGUCCCACCACAAGGAAGUUUCCAGCCAUAUUCUCCGCAAUUCCAAGGUUUACCAAAUACUUCAGGACAAAUCAGUCAACCAACAAGUGCUGGAUUAGUUUCCAAGCGAACUUCUAUAUCAUCUCCAAAUGAACCUACUAAAAAGGAGUCAUCAGUACCAGCUACACCAUCUUCAGCCACAUCACAAACACAAUUCAAAUUGAUGAAGAGAACUAGUGAUGAAGCGAAUACCUCUACAAAGGAUGAAACCAACCCAGAAAAAGAAUCAAAAGAAUCAGAACAAGAUGAUGAAAAGAAAACAACUGAAGAAUCUACAGAAGGACCAGUUGCCUUAGAAUCAGAAAGAGCAUCAAGAGAAACGUUAUAUCAAAGGGCACGUGAGCGUAUCUUUCAAGAUGAAGAAGAUGAGGAGGAUGAAGAAGAACCUAUUGAAGUUAAGUCCAAUCAAAACUCAGCAUCAGUUAGCCCUGAUAUUCCAAGAGUGAUACCACAACAAUUCACUCCACAAUUUCAAUAUCCACAAGGUGUACCAAUGGGUGGUGUACCUCCACAGCCAUUUUAUUAUCCAAUUACGUCGUAUCCUCAAGGUGUUGCACCUCAAGGCAUCCCUCAAUUCCCAACAAUUGGUAAUGAAAACCUACCCUCAUCUCAAGGAUUCAUUCCAGGCCAAUAUUAUUAUGCUCCAGGAGUUUCUCCACAACAACAACAUCACCAACAUCAUCAUCAUCAGAAUCAUCAUCACCAACAUCAACCUUACAGAAAACAAAGAAACUAUAACAAUAAUGGGCAUAGAAAGAACUAUAACAACAAUUACAACAACAAUCAAGGAACUUAUUCAAAUGGUUCAGGUUAUGGAAAUGAUAGAGGACAAAGAUCAACAGAAAACUUGUCUAAUGAAUUGAAUGGUAAAUUACGAAUUGAUGACCAAGAAAGCAAAAAUGAAAAAGAUAAUUAA